UAGCUUACUCCGGUAACAUGGCUGACAACAACCAGGAAGAUCGUGCUCCGACUCUAGAAGAUAAGCGGUGGAAGAAGACGACGUCGUCUCCGACCAAGAGAAAAGCUGACGGCGACGACAACCCCGAGAGAGUGGCACCGGCCAAAGCACAGAAACCGUCGGGAGGGAUUAGCAUCAGGCUCGGCGGAGGAAACCCAGUCGCACCGGCACCUGCCAAGAACUCUCCCGGGGCCGGCUUCGUAUCGACCAAGACGGUUGCCCCGAUUUCUAUCAAAUUAGGCGCAAACAAACCCAAACCUUCUAGUUCACCUGCUGCACAACCUGCCAAGAAAGUUGCAGCUGUGUUUGCAGAAAGUGAUGAUGAUGAUGAACCAGAAGAGAUGCCACCAGAAGCAAAGAUGAGAAUGAAAAAUAUCGGAAGAGAUACACCCACGUCAGCAGGCCCCAACUCCUUCAACAAGGGCAGAAUCGGCUUCUGUGACAAGGCCAAGAUGUGGGAAAGAGAUCUCAAGGCAAAGGCAGAGAAACUAUCCAAAGAUAAAUAGUGUUACAUGUAGAACUUGUUUAUUGAACGUUAUGUUUGAAACUGCCUUAAGCCUUGGUCACAACCCGCCGUACGUGCUUUUGCGUGCUGUCUACUUGCAAAAAUUUGGGCAAACGUAGGGCAUCCGUGCGUGGUGAGUACCGCCUUCGUACGGAAUCCUACGGAUUUUGGAGCAUGCAGACACGCCGUAGAACUUUAAGU